AUGUCGAAUCCUCUAUCACCUCUUUCCUCCUCAUUCCAGAAUGCGCGGGCGCGAUCCCCAAAGACCGCCUCGUCGCCAUUUAUCACCAAAAUAGAUGAUCCAAUGUCCUUCGAGAAGCCCGCGCCCUCGAGCCCGUUGAAGCAGGCCUGGAAAGAUCUGCAAUUUAGUCCCAGUGCGCCCAGUGUUGACGAGAACCACAUUUCCCACGAUCAGCACGAUGUUGACGAUAUGCAUCACGACAACAUUUUCCAAGAGCCCGCCAGUUCACCCUUUCAAUACGAUGCGCGCGAAGACACUGUGGAUUUCCAAAAGCUUCGUGAGCUUCAACAAGGCUUACCGGGCUCUCCACGUCGCUUGGAAUAUGAUAUAGCAGAAGAGCCCUUAAGCUCUCCCUUCAGAACCGAGACGAAGGACGACCCAGUGGAUAUCCCAAAACUGCGAGAAGUGCCACCUUUGUCCUCCCCGAUCAAGAAAUCGACCCCCGUCAUCGAUCCAGAGAGCUCGCCAUUCCGACCAGAAGCAAAAGAUGAGACAGUGGAUUUCGAAAACUUACAGGACCUACAACACGAGUCCGUUGAUUGUGACGAGGAAUUGUUGGAUCAGCCCAGCUCACCGGUUCAACCUCACCAAGGGGAGCAAGAACUUGAGCCCUUGAAGGGCCACGAAUUCCAACGCCAUUCGCUGGGUAGGGUCAAACGUUCACCUGUUUCCCACCGCAGCUCGAUGGCCCGCGACGGGGAUGUAGAAUCAACACUUGAUGUGCAAAAAGUUCGUACUGCGCGCUCUUCAGGCACGGAUGAGCGACGAUCGUCCAUAAAAUCUCGAAAACGUUCUUAUGAUCACUUCCCUGAAGAUUAUGAUGACGACAUGGAGGCGAAUGAACGGUGCAAGAAAGGCACCCGUUCUGAAAGGCCCGUUAUUCCCGUCGACGCUGAGGAGUCUAGUGUCAUCCAUAAUCAAAGCUUGCUUUCCAUGGCAAGUGCCUCACAAGAUCCUUCCACCAUUGCGAACAGUGCCAUGGAAGACAGGCGCAAUGAAGGCAUGAGCACUGUUUUGCAGGAUGAUGAAGACAUGCCACAACCCGACUUCGCUAAUGAGGAUGACCAUGACCCGAUGGAUGAUACUGGCCUCAGUAACUUUUCUGUCUUGCCUGAUCUGACAUCCUUUGCAAAGCUGCGUGCCGAGUCUCCCAUGAAAUCAAUGCGUGGGAGUGUUGGGCCCGGUCCAGCCUCAGACCGUCACGGUUUCGAGCCGGCCACCCCUGGCACUGCGCGUCGAUCAUGGCGCGCUAGUACCCUGCUUGAUACCGGUUCCAAUGCUGGUACUCCGACGCCCAGACGGAGAGUCUCGCGAGACAUUGGCAAUCCAAACGAAACCCCAAACUUGCUUGACUUCACGGACCACUCUAGCUUCUUCCGCAAUUCUGUUCAACAAGCUCCGACGAUCACCGAUGAGAAAUAUGCGUCAGUCUAUGCGGUCCCCUUCGAAGCUGUCCCUCUUGGACUUCGACAUUCCGCCUGCGCCCACCCCCGCUCAAUUCCGACGGUCACACCGCGCGAAUUAGAGUCUCUCAAGUCAGGUUUUAUGUCUGAGAUCUCAUCACUCAAGGCGGCUCUCAGCGGGAAGGAAGCAGAGGUUGCCAGCUACAGGCAGGCCGUUGCCGAUGCGGAGAGACGCGUCGGCGAGGCCUUGGAGGAGGCGCGCAACGAAGCUGCCCAGAAAGAAGCUCUGGAAAUUGAACAGGCCGAGUGGGAUCGUCGUGGAAAGGACAUGGAAAGAGUUCUGCAGUCUGCCGACGACGCCGAGAAGAGCAAAGAGCAAUUGGAAGGCAAGGUCGUUGAGCUUGAAACCCAAUUAUCUGCCGCGCGCUCCUCGACGUCUGUAGAAGCCGGCAGUGCGAUGAACGUUAAGCAAAAUACUCCGUCGGCCGAAGAAACUGCGCGUGAGGUACAAGAUGCCGUUGAAAAGGUCGCACGCGAAUUACACACGCUCUACAAAAGCAAGCACGAAACGAAGGUUGCAGCUCUGAAGAAGAGCUACGAAUCUCGCUGGGAGAAGCGUUUGCGCGAGGUGGAGAACAAGCUCACUGCUGCCCGCGAGGAGAAUCGACGUCUCAAGGCGGACCAAAAGGCAGCAAACUCCGAGUCUAUAGCUAUGGCCAAUGCCAGCAUGAUUGCACGAGAGAAUGACGAGCAUGAGGCUGAAAAGCGAGUUUUCGAAGCUCAGCUCAAGGGACUUCAGCAGGAAAUGGCGACUAUCAAGGAAGAUGCUGAGCGGCUCCGCUCGGCGCUCAAGUCGGAGCGCGCUGAGAAAGGCGAACUGGUUGCUGCGGUGGACGAGUGGCUAGCCAUGCAACAAGGCCAGCCUGCUCCUGCUCAGCCACCAGCGCAGCGCCAGCCGUCUGGCUCAUCUGCUGGAACGCCUGAUGAUGAACAUCAGUCCGCCAGUGAGGCAGUACCGGCAGAGCCCCUUCGUCGAAGCGUGAGCCGCUCUGGAUCCAGCGGAAUCCGACCUCCUGCUACGGCUGAGAAGAAGAUCUCUCGGUUUGGAGGCCCUGGCGGUCACUCCCGAGGGAACAGUGGAGGCCGAUCGGGCAUCGCCAUCCCCACGCCUGGUCGUGGUGGGAUCAUGAGUUCUAUUGAAAGAAUGGGCCGUGGUGGUGCGUAA